AUGUAUUCAAACAAUAGUGUCGCAAUGAAAAGAAUCCAAAAGGAGCAAAGAGAUAUGAAUGAAGAUCCUUCAGCUUACUACUUCGCUGAGCCUCUCGAGACUGAACCAUUUGAAUGGCAUUUUACUAUUAGAGGCCCAUUGGAUACUGACUAUGCUGGUGGAAUAUAUCAUGGAAUCAUAACUUUGCCAAAUAGCUAUCCAUUCAAGCCCCCAUUCAUUGAAUUUCUCACUGAAAGUGGUAGAUUCACAACCAGAGAGCGCAUUUGCCUCACUUUCACAGAUUUUCAUCCUGAAUCAUGGUAGCCAGCUUGGACUAUUAAGAACAUCUUGCAAGCCUUGGUUUCCCAUCUUCCAGUUGAUGAGGAGAAUCAUCAAUUAGUAAUUGGUGCUUUAAAGAUGGCACCACAGGAGAGAUAGAUGCUGGCUAAGAAGUCAGUUGAAUUUUCAUGCCAAUAAUGUGGAUAAAUAGCUAAGAUAGCUAAGGAGAAGAUGCUUCCUCUAACGGCUGAAUCGAAAGAUGAGAUUAAAGCUGAUGAAUAGAUAUUUAACUUUGCAUCAGCAAAAGCAGUCAAGCUGCAUGAUCAAGAAGUUCUUAAAAAGGAAGAGCAGGACUCAAUUAAGGAUGAAAUCAAACAUCUUAGAUAGGAGAUGAUUAAGCUUCAAAAAGAUUUGGAAGAUUCUACAAAAGGAAAGCAAUUGAAAACAAAUAAAACUGAAUCAACUGAAAAUGUUUCAUUAAAAGCAACUACAACUCCAGUUCAAUUAAAAGCAACUCUAAAAUCUAUAUUGAAUAAUGAAGGAUCUAAUUAGUCUGAACCUUCAAAUGUACCAGAUGCACAAUCCUCUUCAUUACCACAGCAAAAAUCUGAUAUCAAUGAGGAGCAGAAAGAUAAGUUGAAAAAGAUCAGAGAUAAAGGUUUAAAGAUGUAUAAAAAGCGUUUGUUAGAGUAGCUUGAGAAUGACUGUAAAAAGAAGUUAACUGUAAUAAAUAUACUGUUCCUUAUAUCUCUAGCUGUGACUGCUGCUAUGUACUACGGAGAUAUUUUUAUUGAAGUAAGGCUGUACGAUUUUCUCAUGUGA